CGAUUAUCGCAUUGAAAUUCCUGAAAUAUAUCGCGUCCAACGAAAGUGGAAGACCGCGAUGUCCGGAAAUGAGUUUCCAUGAGCAAUAUACAAAACCUAGCUGUUCGUUGCCAAGCAAUUGCAUGGAUCAAACGGAGAGCCGUAGGCUGUUUACACGAUAAUAUUAGAAGCGCUGUCAAGAAGACAGUGUCGUUUCCUUUCGAUUAUAAUAAACAAGUUCUUCGCAAUGUCGAGAACAGAGAGCGAUUUCGACGAUAUCACAGCGGAUACUGGGUACACUUUGCAGACAGCCGACGAGGAGUUCGAGGGUGACUUCAUCGACUACGAACAGCAGUUGCCCUUUCGAUAUCUCACUGAGAACUUCAUCUCGAGACCGUGGUUCAGCGAGAACUGCGACAUCGAGGAGAACAUUUUAGAAUUUGAUUAUUCUUAUGGUUACGAUUGCAAGAAACCAUAUAACCUGUUAAACGUCGACGAGAGGACUAUCAUAUUUGCAUCUGGCAAUUUAAUUCACUUCUUCGAUGCGGAAACAAGGGAGGUCUGGUUCAGGAGGAGCGCCUAUGGAGGAGGAAUUGGUCACAUCGCCAAAAAUUACCAUCCGGAUUAUCCGCACAUCGCUAUUGCCGAGAAUGGAAUCAAUCCUCCUAUAAUUAUAUACGAGUGGCCAUCAAUGGAUAUCAUGUGCGUCCUGAAAGAAGGCACGACCAGACGUUACACGCAUUUGGAUUACAGUCCGAACGGUAAGCUUCUGGUGUCGCAAGGGGGAGAUCCGGAUUACAUGAUCACCGUUUGGAAUUGGCCGAAAUCGAUGAUCCUGCUACGCACCAAAUCCUAUGUGAACGAUGUGCAGAGUGUUAUGUUCGCUCCGGAAGUUCCAGGACAGAUCACGUCUUGCGGGAUUGCUCAUAUAAAGUUCUGGAAAAUGGCCAAGACUUUUACCGGGCUUAAGUUGCAAGGCGAAUUGGGCCGAUUUGGAAAAACAGAGUACUCGGAUAUCGUCGGUAUCUAUCCCAUGCCAGAUGAAAAAGUGAUCUCUGGUUGCUAUUGGGGAAAUAUACUGGUUUGGGACGAAGGUUUGAUUAAGCUGGAGGUGACUAGAAGAGGUCGCAAGAAGUGCCAUGAAGGGCCAAUAGUGCAAAUCGAUUACAAAGAUGGUGAACUGUGGACGGUCGGAAUGGAUGGAAGGGUGAGGAUCUGGUAUUACGAUACCAUCGACCAAGCCGAUCCUCCAGACGAGGAUCGCGUAGUUGAGAUGGAACCCACCUACGAUUUUUACACUCCCAACGCGGAGUUUAUGUGCAUCUGCAAGCAGUACGAAGAUCCGGAAAACACGUUUUACUUUGCACAGGAUGGCAAAGGUGGCAUCUGGAGAAUCGAUUUGUCCACGGAUUCUGAGAACAUAGCCGAAUCCGAAAGACUCUUGAAAUGUCACGCAGGUAUAGCGGAGUCCUUGUCGGUGUGCCCUUGGGGUAAUUACUUUUGCACUUUGGGAAACGGCGGUAGAUUGCAUUUAUAUAAUUACGUUACUCGAACUCUUCUCCUGAUCCAUCCUUUCCCCACGAUGGGAUGCUGCGUGAUUUGGGUUCCACUGGAUAUUGAUCCUUCUGGGGAAGUGUUAAUAGUUUCACUAACUGACGGAGCGGUGCGUGUAGUUAUCUUGAAGAUAUCCGAAGAAAUCAAUGAAAGUAAACUGUCAGUAAUUCAGUUAACUAAACCCCACACCUCUCGCAUUACGAUGAUGAAAUUAAAUCGUCCUGGUAACAUCUUCGUUACAGCAGCCGAAGAUUCGACCAUGUUUGUCUAUCAAGUGAUAAAAGGAAACGGUUACAGAUACAUGGAAUUGAUACCAAUUGGUUUCAUUCCUACACCUGACAUUGUAGUGUGCAUGACUUGGCAUAAAGAUUUGGAUAAUACCAUCAUAUUAGGUUGCAUCCACGGUGAGAUUAUGACAGUGGAGGUUCCAUUGAGACCGCAAUACUACACUACCAUAACAUACAUACUCCACGUUGAACCAAUAAUUCAGAAGUUCACCAGUUACAAGGCGCAGAUCCGAAGAAAUAUUAAGCUGAAGGAGAUAGCAGCAAAGAAAGCGGCCAAGAGAUUGGUCAAGUUGGAAGCUCUCGAAAAGUUUAGAAAAGAAAAUCCUGGUCUUGAUAUCGAAGAAGAGGUGUUUCUUAUUGAUUCGGAAAGCGAAGAAAUUCUAGAGCCAUUGUACAUUCCUAAAAUACCCAAUAAGAUUUUGUGGAUUCAACAUACGGCUGAUGAUACUCUUUGGUUGUCGGUGGGUGGUUACGAUGCUGGUUACAUCUACGAAUACAAAAUUGGCCAGACCGAAGAGGUUCCUUACAAAUUCACCUUAAUACACCACGGAGAUGAUAUAGAAAUUAACAACUAUGCAUAUAGUAAAAAUGGAGAAUACUUAAUUUUUGCGAUGGAGGAUGGUUCAAUUCGCGUGAAUCGCAACAACCACAAGAACUGGCGCAAUUUAUCCAAUUAUUGGCAGCUGAAUAUGCACGACAAUUUUAACGGAUUUAUAGCCGGAAUGCAGUUCAGCUACGACGAUUCGUAUUUCAUAACAUGCGGGCACGAUGGUAACAUCUUUACGUUUCGCUUCUACUCGGAUGAGAGCUCUGACGAUUCCGAGAUACACAUGCAAAGACACAUCCCCGAGGAGCAUGUGAUCAAAGCCGUGGAGGACAUAGACUGUGAGGAAAUGCUGAGUUUGGAAGAAACCAUCGUCAAAGCCGAAGAAGAUAGAAUUAACGAUGUAGCCAAUUGCAACAAGGACAUUUAUUUGGAGAUAUUGGAAAGGUUACGUGAAGAGUAUGAAGACGUUUUGGCUCGAAAUGACGCGCUUCCCGAGUCACAGCGUAUUCCUCUUGAGGAACUCGAGUUGGAUUCAAGGGUUACAGACAAUCUAGAUGAAAAACUGAAGGCCGACGAGUAUUUGGUGGAGAGAAAAUUGGCUUUCGAUGUGGAGAAAUCAAAUAUACUAUUGACAAAGAUGAGGGAGCACUUUUUGCUCAGUCUGGACAUGUAUCCGAUCACAGUGAAGUCCGUUAAAUCGAAGACGAUGGUGCAGUGUUUACCAAUGCGUUCCCUUGGCUACGACUUUGAUAAUCUGCUUGCUGAGGUAGACUUGAAAAUUGCAGAAGCGGAAUUAAAAGGCAGGGCACCAGAGAGACCUCCAGCUACAAUUACCAAAGCGGUAUCAGCAGCUGCAGAUGUUCAACACCUGGAGUACUUCUUGGUUGGAUUGUCGCCGGAGAUAAUCAAAUAUCGACUGGGACCAAAGAUAACUAGGGUUCUCGGAAAAUACAGAAAGAGACGGAAGAUUCGGGAGGAUCGAGCCAGAGAAUGGGAAGCAUUUAACGCGACCAAACCAACAGUGGCUUCAUCAGAUGCUGACGAUGUAGCUACAUUGAAACAAGCCGAAGACACCAUCGGUGAUUUCAAGUUAAAAUCAGCGCCGGAUUACAGAGUACCAAGACAUCUCCGCGAGUCGACAUUCAAAAAAUAUAAAGAACUUUUACUCGUCCGAGAAAGACAUUACAAUUUAUCGCAUGAUUUCAAUGAGACGGUUUAUCGUUUGAGAGAUGAUAAAAAGGAACUGCUAAAUUUCCUCGAAAGGCAAACGAAGGCUUUGCUCAAAAUUCACGAGGAAAUCGACGAGAAGGAUUGGUGCUUCGGUCCUGAUCUAUUUCACAUGACCCUCGAGGAAGAUUUUCCGGAUAGAGAGUUCGAGGUCAACGUGGAAACUAUUCUAUCCGUAAAUGUUCCGGAGGAGAAAACUUUAAUUCCAAGAAUGCCGAUACCUGAUCGGUUGGAGCGAGAAGUUUUGCAAACAAUGCCUCAUGUUAACGAUGAGGAAAAGGAGGUUGAAACUGAUUGGGAAACUCGCUUGAAGAGGAUACGUUAUAGGAAAAUGAUAUUUUACCAGGCCGAGAAUAUCAAGUACAUGGAAUUAGCGAUUGAGGAGUUCGAUAUGAAGGUUCAGAACGAAAGAUUGAGACGAAUGGAAAUCUCGGUGGAUUCUAAUCUGGUCACCUUGCAUUUGCUCACGUUGAAUCAAGAGCUUCUAAUCCUGAAGGACUGCGAGGCUAAAGAAGACACGCUUUCUGAUUUGGUCCAUGCGAAUAUGAUCGAAUUAAUGGACAUACAAGAUUUAAUCGAAGGGGUGAACUCUGAGAUCGAGGUGGCAAAGAAAGAUAUUUCGAAGCUGGAAGAGAAGGAGAAGGAAAUCCAGAGAAACUUUAUGAGCGCCACUUCUGAAAAUAAGUUCUUUGACUUUUUGAGGCGCAUAUUCAAGAAGAAGUAUAAGCCUCCAAAGGUUCAGACGGAUUCCGAUUCGGACUCGGAUUCGUCAUCUUCGAGUUCCGAGGAGUCUGAAGAUGCGGAUGCGGAGAGUUUGGAUUCGAAGGAUUUCGGUAUAAUCCGAUUAGACGAAAAUGUUUGUCCGAAGGGUUGCGAUCCGAACAUCUACGAUUUAACGUUCCAACUACGCAACCAAAGACAUGGUGUUGAAUUGGAAGUGAGAGAGUUGACUCGUAAAAUUGAUGUACACAAGAAAGAGUUUGAGACUUAUACGAAACAGGCGAAGAUACUUCAAAGUAGUUUGAAGCGAAGCCAGGAUGAGUUGGACACGUUUCAAAGGGAGAAGCAGCACAAGUUGAAUAAGAUCAUGUGCACGGUUAUACUGAGAUUGGACCAAAUUCAGAAUAUUUCCGAGCGCGGAAACAUGAAUUUAAUCAAAGAUUCCCUGGUGUUUUCUAAACACACUUUGAGCAAUCUCUAUAAGAGGGUUGGAGAAUUGUAUAUGGAAACGGUGCAGCAGCGCUCCAAGCAUAAGCUUAGCGUGAAGCAUCUGAUGAAGAUGAAAGUGGAUUUCUCGCAUAUGCAGAGUACGAUGAAGAGCAUUCGCAGGGAAAUCGCAGAUGAGAUGACCAUUCAGUUCGGAGGUCCCGUUAAUAUCGACGAAUUGCAAGAGUUUCUGCUCAAGAAGCUUAUAUUCAAUUUGAAACUGUCGAUGAUUGAUAUCAAAUCAAUGUUCAUCAAGGAGCUAGAGUAUUGGUAUGAUAUUCACAAAGUUAAGCAGAAGCAUCUGAUGCAAGUCUUCAAAGAGAAUACGAUAAAGUUUGAUCUAUUGACGAUGAUUACUAAAGAAAAGUUUGAUUUGGAGAAGAUCAUCGAACAUCAGACGGAUCUGAGGAAUAAUUUCGAGGACGUCGUGCAAAUGGCGAAUAAAUUGAAAAGCGAUAUCAAUAAACUUAAGGAAGUGGCCAAGGACCAGGAAAGAGAUAUCGAGACGUUGAAACUUGAGAUUAAGUUGUAUCGGACUAAGGGAUACACAAUCAAACCGGAGCAUCCUCCGACAAUUCAAAUUGAAGAAGUCGAUGAAGAAGAGGAAGAGGAGGAGAGUGUGAUUCCCGAUUGGGAGUAUAUGGAGGAAUACAAGUUUACGGAAGCGUAUGCUAAAGAGUAUUGGAAAGAUUUGAAGGAUAAAGAAGCAUUUAAAUUGCGACAAGAUGUGCUGAUUAAUAUAAUCGAAGAGCUCUUCGAUAACAUCGAUCGGGAAAUCGACAAGAACUCGGUAAUUAAGCUGCUGAAGUCGGUGAUAUCAGACGUGAUGAACAAAUGCGACGUGGAGCAAAUAAUCUCGGACAUCCUGGCUGCAAUUCCGCCUCCGCACACCGACGAUCAGCAGAGCUUAAUAGAAUUAACGGCGGAGAAGCUGUACUCGAUCGAAGAUAACGAAUUUGAUGAAGAGAUCGUGAUGCAGUCCAAGGAGAUCCUAAUGGAGAUCCUGAACGAUAUCUUGAAUAACGUUGGCUUGAAUUCGGUCGAGCGUUUCGGGAAUUUGGUGAACACACUCACCGAAAAUUUACCGCUGGAUGUGAUCAUGGCAGAGGAAAACAUGUCUUGCAUCGUCGAUACGAUCCAGAGGUCGAGGAUGGUUUUAAAUGAAGAAGCGAUAAACGAAAUGGGCAGCAUGACGGACGUCCUCUCCUGGGAAUCCAGAACACUCUUCUCCGAGAUCGUAUUCAAAAUAACCGAUUUGCGCAAAUGAUUAUAUAAUAAUUAUUA